AUGCCGCACAAUUCGAACAAUAACAAUCCAGGCCCUGGCACCAGCUACGUAUCAGCCGUUAAGACAACACCCAAACCAUCUUUUCCAAAAAAGGACCAAGCCAUAGUGAUGCACGCAGAUGAUAACCUAAAGUUAUUUGACUAUGUUAAGGCUAUAGGUGAUAUUGCAAGCCCCAAACACAUCUCUUUUGCGUCAAGGAUCUCGAAUAAUCGAAUCUGCAUCUAUUUAGACACUUCCAAACUCGUUGACGACCUCAUAAAAUCUCAUUCAUUCGUAACUAUCAACAAUAAUGCUAUAAACAUCCGCAGACUCGUUUCUCCGACAAAACGAAUAAUCAUCUCCAACAUAUCUCCUUAUAUACCCCACGACCUCGUUGAAGAUGCUAUAAAGAGCCUUGGUUUACAGAUAACCUCCCCGGUCUCGUUUUUGAGAGCUGGUAUCCCAGGCGACGAAUAUUCCCAUAUAUUGAGUUUCAGACGACAAGUCUACGUUCUUCCCACAUCAGACAACUUUGAAUUGCAGACUUCUCUAACUAUUCCAUUCGACGGGAAUGAAAACAGAAUCUUUCUAUCUACAGACAAAAUGGAGUGCUUCAUUUGCAAGCAAUCUGGCCACAUCGCCUCAAAUUGCCCAAACCCUCCAACUAAUAUUUUACUGUCACAAACCAAUCCUCCCGUACAACCUGAACAGGCAUCUCCAAGUACGAACUCCUCAAAUAGAAUAGAGAGCAAUGAUACGACUUCGAAUGUGGACCCGAUUACCCCACAAGAAAACCCGCCUCUUACAGAUAUGACACCAUCCCAAAAACGCGGUUAUUCCCAGCUUUCAACUCCAAGUGAAACCUCAAGUUUACCUGUAGACACAGAAGAGAUCAAGGACGCUAUGCCUCCCCCCGCAUCCUCUACACUUCCGACAGCAGUUAAUAAAGCAACAAAGAAGAAGCGCAAGAUAGGUGAGGCUACUGAAUCAAAUCUCACAACAUACAUGAAAGUAUGUAUAGCAAAAUCCUAUCAGAAAACUCCUGAUGCAUUCAUACUUCCAAUUGAAAAUCUUUAUGACUUCUUAGAAAAUACUUUUGGUAGCUCAGAUCCGUUCCUGGAAGCCCGUAAACACACAGAUGGCAUAACUGGCCUAGUCUCAAACCUGAAUCUCAUUUACACCGACCUCACAGAUAGAUCCUUAAAAAACAGAAUAACCCGCAUUACUAACAAGAUGAAGAAGAGACUCAAAUCCGACACUGGAGAUACUGAAAGUCUGGAUAUAUCUAAUGAGCCUACUGAUGAUGAAUAUAGUUCCGACUGCUCACAGCAGUCGCAUAAAUCUUCAUACUAA